CUAAGUCCAAUGCAGAAAGCCUACCUUUAAGCGUGACGUCACAGUCUGUUUGACCCAGUACAACUGCCCACAAACGUCCACAUGUGUUUAACGCUCUCUUAACUCUCUCCUUCCAUGGCGAGUACGUCUAGUCUCGUUGUUUGCUCUCCGCUUCCAGAGAUACGAACUCCAGUCCCACCCCAACAUGUCCGCUUCGUUGUCUGGCGUGACGGCAACAAUAUGCUGGCCUUGGAUCUCCCUGUUGACCUUGUGCACUCCGUGGCUCACAAACCUUUCAAAUACCUCGUGUAUGCAGCUUGGUCAAUCUGUGGACAACGGGGCGAAUUGAGGGAUGAUCAAGGCCAAGAAGUGGAUAUGGAUAAACCGUCGCUUAGUGAAAUGGAGUCAUACCAAUACUACAGCCCACAAGACGUGCCAUUCGCCCAGACUGUCAAUCACGCGUUGUUGAAACAAAAUACAAAAGUAGGCUCUUCGACUGGACCCAAUUAUUCAGCAGAUUUCGCUAAAAAUGUCAAAGAGAGAGAUGGAGCGUGUAUCUUUACCGGCCUGCCAGGACCCUCACUCCAGGCACCACACAUCGCGCCCCUGCGUCUUGGAGAGGAUUUCGUAGAUAAUAUCAAAACCCACGAGGUGGGGGACCUCGAAGGCAUCAAUGAUAUCCGCAACGGUAUCACUCUAUCGAGUCGUCUUCACCCGGAGUACGACCUCCAUGCAUUUGCAAUAUUACACGUUCCUACACCAAACAACAUUCUCAGCUUGGUGGACAUGAAGGAGUCAGAUCUGAAUCACGCGAGUGAGCGCAUCAGGGAGAGAUGGUUCCCAACGACUGGCCAACGACGGCUACAGAAGAAAGCCUAUCUCUUUCAUUGGUUGAGCACACGGAAGGUCGAGAACGAGAUGUGGCGCGAAGGUAUGGAGAAUGUUGCCCAUUGUGCACAGGCUGCUUUCCUCGAACGAGCCGGACGCACAUUACCGCACGGAGGACUGCUUCAUUAUCGAUAUGGGACCAGCCUCAUUGUCAACUUCAUCAAUACCACCGUCUCACAUGGCUGGGAUGCACUGCAAAAGAAGAGGGAAGCAGGAGAGUUGGAUGGGGAGGAAGAACUGUUGGGCCCCGAGAAUGGCCUGGGUGGGGAUGAAGGACCAGGAGGAAAUGGUGAGUCGAUGAAUAAGGAUGAGGACUCCGAUGAAGACCACGAUGAACCCCCCGAGCAUGUGGACGUGGAUGUGGAGGGACCACCUGCACAAAUCUCCUAUAGUUCUGCGAGGGAAGAAGAGGCCUUGGCCAUUCAAUCAUGGUUUGACAGCUUCCACGAAGUUUCGAAGAGCCUCAGGAAGGUUGAGGAGUGGAGAAAUAUGGCACAGACCUGACCACAGAUAGAUUUCCUGUGCUGUAUGAGGGUGUUUGAAGGAGUGGGAUUCGUGUCGUUUUGCCCCCAUGGGCCAUACUUUAGAUUCCCUUUCUAUCUUAUCUUUUCGCUCCUUCGCUUCCUCAUAUGCCAACCACCAUUGUGUAAUUUCAGAUACUUUCCUUUACCUUCUUUUACUUUCAUAGGUCCCGCAGAGUCUGUCGCCCUCCAAGCUCUAGAAAUGUGUUUUCUGUAUUUUGACCAGACCAAUCAUUUUUGUUGUCGCUCUUUGUCCUCGACAUCCAGCUGCAUCGUGCAGCUGUCAUUCGUAAGACUCAAAACCCUCGGAGGCCUCU